CCAGACCGAUCAGUCGUCCGUCAGCAGCGCUCCGAAUGUGUGGAGCCCAACUCCGGAAUAUUAUUUACUCGUCGAAGGAGCAACAGGAUCUGUGAACAUGUCCAAGUGGUGGAGCUGGGGCUCCAAACAGGAGAGCAACAGCAUCUUCCGCAGCGAGGUGAUGUCCUUGGUGCAGAUGUAUCUGCAGCCAGAGGCAGCCUACGAUACGAUUGCCGCAUUGGGUGAAGUGGGAUGUGUCCAGUUCCGUGACAUGAACGAGAAGGUCAAUGCCCAGCAGCGCAAGUUCGUCGGAGAGGUGAGGCGCUGCGAUGAGCUCGAGCGUCGUAUCCUAAUAACCUCCGAGCUGGCCAAGGAGGGUCACAAGGCGCUCGACCUCAUCGACGACUUCCCGCCGGCGCCACAGCCACGAGAGAUUAUCGAUCUGGAGACCCAUCUGGAGAAGACAGAGACGGAGAUCAUGGAGCUGGCUGCCAACAAUGUGAAUCUGCAGACGAGCUUCCUUGAGUUAACCGAGAUGAUCCAAGUGCUGGAGCGCACCGAUCAGUUCUUCUCGGACCAGGAGUCCCACAACUUUGACUUGAACAAGAAGGGAACGCACCAGGAUCCGGAGCAGUCCAACGGCCGCCUGGGCUUCGUGGCCGGAGUGAUCAACAGGGAGAGGGAGUACGCAUUCGAGCGGAUGCUGUGGCGCAUCUCGCGCGGCAAUGUCUUUGUUCGCCGCUGCGAGGUGGACGUUCCCCUGACGGACCCCAAGACCGGCAGUGUGCUCCACAAGAGUGUCUUUGUGGUCUUCUUCCAGGGCGAUCAGCUGCAGGGCAGGAUCCGCAAGGUGUGCACCGGUUUCCACGCCCACAUGUACCCCUGUCCCAGCUCGCAUGCCGAGCGUCAGGAGAUGGUGAAGAAUGUGAAGAUUCGCCUGGAGGACCUCCAGGCAAUCAUCAACCAAACGAGCGACCACAGGACCUGUGUGCUCCAGGCGGCCCUCAAGCAGCUGCCCAAAUGGUCAGCCAUGAUCAAGAAGAUGAAGGCCAUAUACCACACGCUCAAUCUGUUCAACGUCGAUCUUGGCAGCAAGUGUCUCAUUGGCGAGGGCUGGGUGCCCAAGCGAGAGCUGGAGCAGGUGGAAAUGGCCCUGGCCGCAGGAUCAGCCAGUGUGGGCAGCACGGUGCCCUCGUUCAUCAAUAUACUGGACACCAAGAAGGAGCCGCCGACCUACUUCCGGACGAACAAGUUCACUCGCGGAUUCCAGAACCUAAUCGAUGCCUACGGAAUAGCCGGUUACCGAGAGGUCAAUCCGGGCCUGUACACCUGCAUCACCUUCCCCUUUCUGUUUGCCGUGAUGUUCGGCGACAUGGGACACGGCACAAUCCUCUUCCUGUUGGGCCUCUGGAUGGUUGUAGACGAGAAGCGGCUGAGCAAGAAGCGGGGCGGCGAGAUCUGGAACAUCUUCUUCGCCGGUCGCUACAUCAUCAUGCUGAUGGGUCUGUUUGCCAUGUACACAGGCUUCCACUACAACGACAUCUUCUCCAAGUCCUUCAACGUGUUCGGCAGUCGCUGGGUUAAUGUCUACAAUCGAACCACUGUCCUGACCAAUCCCACCCUGACACUCAAUCCCACGGUGGCCGCGCGCGGUGUCUAUCCAAUGGGCAUCGAUCCGGUCUGGCAGUCGGCCUCCAACAAGAUCAUCUUCCUGAACACCUACAAAAUGAAGCUAUCGAUCAUCUUCGGGGUGCUGCACAUGACCUUUGGCGUCUGUCUGUCGGUGGAGAACUUUGUGUUCUUCAAGAAGUACGCCUACAUCAUCCUGCAGUUCGUGCCUCAGGUCCUGUUCCUGCUGCUCAUGUUCGGCUACAUGUGCUUCAUGAUGUUCUACAAGUGGGUCAAGUACAGUCCCACCACAGAUGUGGUGGCCGAUUCCCCUGGAUGUGCUCCCUCUGUCCUGAUCAUGUUCAUUGACAUGGUGCUCUUCAAGACGGAGAGCCUCCCGGGCUGCGAUGCCAGCAUGUUCCCCAUCCAGCGACAGUUGGAGACGAUAUUCCUCGUGAUUGCCCUUAUCUGCAUCCCCUGGAUCCUGCUCGGCAAGCCUCUGUAUAUUAAGUUCCAGCGCCGCAACAGGCCCGUUGGACCCGUGGAGGAUGAGAUCGUGGAGAAAAUUGAGAUCACCACGGGCAAGGAGAUCAUCAUUACGGAAGUGGCCGAGGCACACGAGUCGGGCGGACACAGCGAAGACGACGAGCCCAUGAGCGAGAUCUGGAUCCACCAGGCCAUCCACACCAUCGAGUACAUCCUGAGUACCAUCUCGCACACGGCCUCCUAUCUGCGUCUCUGGGCUCUGUCCCUGGCCCAUGCCCAGCUCUCCGAGGUGCUGUGGACCAUGGUGCUGGCAAUGGGUCUGCAGACCACCGGCUAUGUGGGCUCCAUCUGGAUUUUCCUUAUCUUCGCCGUCUGGGAGUUCUUCACCAUCGCUAUCAUGGUGAUGAUGGAGGGUCUGUCCGCCUUCCUGCACACCCUGCGUCUGCACUGGGUGGAGUUCAUGAGUAAGUUUUACGAGGGAGCCGACCCCUUCACGCCCUUCUGUUUCCGGGACAUCUUGGUCGUCAUCGAAGAUGAUUAGAAGGGUUUUUCCGGCGGACAUUUUAAAUGUGUCGCCUGUUUUUAGAAUAUUUAAUAAA